AUGGCCGCCUCGGCUGCGGCGGGCGGGGAGGCGGCGGCGAAACCGUUGCAGGGAGCCAUGAAGCUGGCGAAGGGCGCGCUGGAGCUGGACGCCGGAGACCGGCCGCGGGAGGCCUACGUGGAGUACCUGAAGAGCAUCAACUUCAUUUCCCAGGCCCUGCUGGAAGAGGCGGCUGCUGCAAAAGAUGGCAAUGACGUGGUGAUGCCUGACACGGCCAAGAUGCUGAAGGUGGCGGAGCAGUGCCUGGAGAGAGCCAAGAGCAGCAUUGGCAAACUGGGUGAGUGCAAAACUGGCCUCCAAAAACUGUCAACAGAGAGGAGUCCGGGCCCUGCUCCUGUCUGCCGGCACCGCAGGGUGUUGUCGGAUGAAGGGGGGAAACUGUCCCCUUUUCUGCCCCCUGAGAUGUUCCAGAAGCUGCAGACGACUGAAGCACGGAAUACGAAAAAGGAGCUCACCCCUCUGGAGGAGGCGUCGCUGCAGAACCUGAAGCUGAAGGCCGCCUACGAGGCCCGACUGGCACGGCUGAACCCCAGCCAGGCCUUGCAGAAGACCUCUCUGACCCUUUCCUUGCAGCGCCAGAUGAUGGAGAACUUGGUGAUUGCCAAAGCCCGGGAGGAGACCCUCCAGAGGAAGAUGGAGGAGCGCCGGCUGAGGCUGCAGGAAGCCGCCAACAGGAGGUUUUCCAGCAAUGCAGUUUUGACCCCAGAAGAGCAGGAGCAGCGGGCGAUCUAUGCCGCCAUCCUGGAGUAUGAACAAGACCAUGAGUGGCCGAGGCUCUGGAAGGUCCAGCUGAAGAAGAACCCUGGUGAUCUGUUGUUGGUGCCCAAACUCAUCUCCCAUCUUCUCAGCUUUGACGACCACCCCAUCUGCCAGCUGUUGAAGAAGCUGCAGUGCUCGAUCUACAGCCGCAUCUACCCGCUUGUGAGUCGGAGCACGGCAGACGGGAGAGUUCCCGGGAAGGUCACCCGUGGGUUGUCCCUCUCCUCCUCGCUGGAUGCGGAGGCGUUCCUGGCACCGGCCCCCGAGGCCCCCCGGCUGCGCUCCUCCCAGAGCCUGCACUCCAUGUUCUCCGUCCAGGAAAACAACAAGCUGAACCUCCGGCACAGCCUGUCCAGCACCCCCCUCAUCGAGGACCAGAGCCUGAGCCAGCCCCAUCCGCUGGGGCCGAGCCUCCCCCGGGAAGAGGAGCCGGCCUCCCCCCUGGCUGACUGGGAGAGCUCCUUCGAAGACCUGGAGCAGUUCUUGGCCACUCCCGAGGCGUGGCCUUCGGGCUCCCAGGCUCCAGCGGGGCGGAAGGGGUCCCAGCAAGAGCACCUGAAGGCCGUGGUGAAGGACAUUCACAACGCCAUUGAUAGACUGCUUUCCCUGACUUUGCUGGCCUUCGAGGGCCUCAACACGGCCGCCUCCAAGGACCAAUGUGUGGCACGCCUUGAAGAAGCCUUCUUUGCCCCCCUCUGGACCCCACUCCUGGCUGUCUACAGGAAUGUCUACAAAACCCGGGAGGCGGCCCUGGGCAGGAGCAUGGAGCUCUACAGGAACACGACCCCCUCCGAAAUGGGCAUCUCUUCCAAGCUCCUCCCCCAGGGCAAUCUGCCUAGGGGGAUCGGCUCCUACCCUUACUGUGCAGCCGUGCAGGAGCUGAUGUUGAUUCCUCUGGGAACCUGUCCGCAGAAAAAGCUGGACUGCAUCGUGCGGAGCUUGCGUGUUAUCUGUGAAUGCGCAGAAGAAUACUGGGGAGGCCGAGAAGGCAAGCCCCAGCCAGCAUCAGCUGCCAUCGGAGCGGACGACCUCCUGCCCAUCCUGUCCUACGUGGUGCUGAAGAGCAACCUGUCCCAGCUGGUGUCGGAGUGCGCUGCGCUGGAGGAGUUCAUCCAUGAAGGGUACCUGAUCGGCGAGGAGGGCUACUGCUUGACUUCCCUCCAGAGUGCCCUCUCUUACGUGGAGUCCCUGCAUGGGCCAGCCCUCGGCAAGUAGCUGAGCCCCC